UUCAAAGACAGCAGCAGUGAACACUGUAGUUCAAAUCAAACUGAACAAGGACUUGAACAUGGAUCUAAGGCCCAGGAUGCUGAGACCUCAUCUCAUUUUAAUGCUUGCAGUCAUUGUUCUUGAUGGCACCAUGUUGGCUGACGGCUCAAAUAUAAGACUUGUCAAUACACACGGCGUCUGUUCUGGUAGAGUGGAAAUCUAUCACGAUGGCCAGUGGGGAACAGUGUGUGAUGAUAACUGGGACAUGAAUGAUGCAGCGGUGGUGUGCAGAGAGAUGGGAUGUGGCACAGCGGUCAGCGCCCCUGAGAGUGCCCACUUUGGUCAGGGAAGUGGCCCAAUACAUCUGGAUGAUGUUGCUUGUUCUGGAAGUGAAAGCUCCAUCACAGCAUGCAGUCAUAAUGGAUUUGGCAAACACAACUGUAAUCAUGGUGAAGACGCUGGUGUGACUUGCUCAGGUAAACUCAUUUUUAUGUCAUAA